AUGUUGGCUUCGACUCACGCGAGCCGAUGCUGGGCGAGGGAAGCGCUGCCUAUCCGACCACGGCUCAGCGCUCGAAGCAGCUCAAGGACCUCGAAUCAGAUGCUCGGAUCCGGCCACAAAGUUUGGUUGCCGUUCUUUGCCGCAGUCGGCUGCUGGCCCGCUAAGCAAGUCCACGAUCGGCGUGCUUCGAGGGCGACACCUUCUCUCGUACGUCUUCGUGCAAGCAGGGACGGAGAAGCCGAGCUACUAGUGGAUGGCUAUACCCGUCAGGUGUCUAUCUGCAGACAGGCUAUCCAACUGUUGCAGCAGGAAGGACGGAAAGUUUUCACUACCGUGUUUGCAGAGCCGGAAAUACAAAACGACAAGCUGUGGUCAGACUUCAUGCAAUCAGCUUACAACUGCCUCUGUCCGGUCGAACGAACAGCAGAAGGACGGGAUGCUGUUACGGAAAAAUUGUCGCACCUGGCUGCGACGGCAGAUGGUGCCUGCUUAGCUCUCUUGGCAACCGACACUAGGUAUGUUGAACUUGUCAAGAACAUCGUGGCUACGAGAAGAGAUAUUGUCGUCUGUGUCCCACGCGGUGCAGUUUCCAGCGUUCAUGCUUACCAGGAGACCGGGGCACGUGUGCUGCCACUGGGGAAGAUUCAGGAGGGUCCCAAAAUUAGAGCCUUCUUAGACCCAGAUGGUAGUGGCCGUGUCGAGACGGCAGGGCCGUGGAAAGCUGCACGUCGGGAAGAUCAAGCCGCCGACGAGCUGACAAGUUUCCUACAGGAGUGGGGCUACCGUGGCGAGCGUGGCUACCUCAUUCCGUCUGUGGCCAAGUUCUGGUUUGCUCACGACCUCGGACGUCUUACAGUCUUCCCCGCUCAAGCUGGAUGUGCAGCAGCACACCAGAAAAUUUUAUAUGCUAGCCCUGGGACUGCAUGGAUUGAGUACCGCAACGAUCUUGCAUUCUUCCUUCCUGUCGGUGACCGGCAAGCACCUAGUAGAGUCAAUGCGCAGUUAGGCGGUCAGCUUGCGGGCGCAAUUUACAGAGGCGGGGGUCCAUUCAUCAUCGAAGACUCAGAAGACAUGGUGCGGGAAGUUCUUCACAGGAUGGGAUACUUAGACGAGGAAUUCAGCAAUGACCUCUCAGAAGCACUGCUCACGUUCGUGAGCAUGCCAGAGAACUCGUAUUGGCUGCGCAAGAACUGUAAGGCAAUGCCCGAUCCCACCGACACUGCAGAAGAUGUGGUUGAGAAGCUGAGGAGAGCAUUCCUAUCACAUGAUACCAGUGGCCAGUGGCGCCGUGCUCCCGACAUGCGCCCGGAGCUCCUCCGGGCGGGCUUUCUUCGAAAGCAGCAUGGCGACCAGAGUGCAGUGGCGGAUGCAAUGCGGAGAUACAUAGAGAGGUAUGGUCUAGAGGAGAGGCGGAGCUGCAUCGGGAAUGCCUAUACGGUUCUGCGGCACUUCUACCGAUCAGAGUCAGAUCCCAGGAGAAGGAUUGAAAGUGUCACGUUCCGGAUGUGA